AUGUCUGGAAGGCUGUGGUCCAAGGCCAUUUUUGCUGGCUAUAAGCAGGGUCUCCGGAACCAGAGGGAGCACACAGCUCUUCUUAAAAUCGAAACUGUUUAUCCUCGAGAUGAAACGGAAUUCUAUCUAGGCAAGAGAUGUGCUUAUGUGUACAAAGCAAAGAACAACACAGUGACUCCUGGUGGCAAACCAAACAAAACCAGAGUAAUCUGGGGAAAAGUAACUUGUGCUCAUGGCAACAGUGGCAUGCUUCGUGCCAAAUUCCGAAGCAACCUUCCUGCUAAAGCCAUUGGCCACAGAAUCCAUGUGGUGCUGUACCCCUCAAGGAUUUAA